GCCCUCCAGAUGUGGAGCAGGCCUGUGAGCCAAGUGUGCGCACCUGGAGCCCAAAUGCAGGGACUGAGCAAGGUAUUGUGGGUCUGUCGGAGUGUCCUCUCCAGGGCUGCAUGCUUCAGCUGGAGUUCCCCUACCCGCUGGUACCUGACUCCCUGACUGUAUGGGUCACCUUCUUUAGCCCAGAGGAAACAGCACUGCCAGCUAUCCAUAACAUCUUGCUCCUGACCGUCAGUGGGAACAACAUUUCAUUGGGCCCCAGUAAUGUCUUCUGUGACACCCCAUUGACUCUGAAGCUGGACAUAGAGGAUGAAGUGUAUGGGGUACAGUUUUUCACCAUGGAACAACACCUAGAGAUCGAUGCCACUCUCUUGUCAUCCAAGCCAGACUUCAGACUCUGCAGGCAUUGCCGACCUCUACGCUACCGCCUGUUGCGUCAACCACCUUUCACACAUGCACCACACGGUCUGAUGUUGAAUGAGCCUAUCCGCCGAUAUAUAGACAGGGAUGUGGCGCCACAUGUUGUGUACACCUACCAGGUCCAAACCAUCUCCAGCCGGAGUGAGAGUGAGCCCUCCGCCCGGCUGGUACACGAUCUGGGGGCGCCGUACUGUGGAGAUGGACGCAUCCAGAGAUCCAAAGGAGAGGAGUGUGAUGAUAAGAACUCUAUGAAUGGGGACGGCUGCUCCAGCCAGUGCAAGAAGGAGCCUUUUUUCAACUGUGUUGAGGAGCCAAGCAUGUGUUACUACUAUGAUGGCGACGGGGUGUGUGAGGAUUUUGAACGAGAGACCGGCGUGAGGGACUGUGGCCUCUACACCCCUAAUGGUUUCCUUGACCAGUGGGCCUCAUCUGUCGAUGUUUCCCAUGAGGAGAAGCCCUACUGCUCCGGGGAGGUGGCUGCGGGAUACCCUGCUGUAACUAAGACAUGUCAGUCCAAGGUGUUUGACCUAUCAGACGGAGUGUCCCAGUAUGCGUGGUUCCCCUGUCGCGAGGCUCAUAAUACUCAAUAUGGAUAUCAGAACUAUUUGCUCAAGGCCCACUUCUCUCAUCCCAUGGUGGCAGCAGCAGUGAUUAUACAUCUGGCUGCAGAUGGCACUGGCUACCUUGAUCAGACUCAGUGUAACAUCACUGUUCAGCUGGUAGACACCAAGGAUGGUAUCCAUAGUCUGGGUGAUUGGCGUCUGAGCUGCCGCACCAACCCUUUGGUGAUCCCGGUGAGCCAUGACCUGUCAGUGGCCUUUUACCACACCAAGGCUAUCCUGGUCAUGUUUGCCUCUCGCCUUGUUGCCAUCUCCGGAGUUGGCCUCCGCUCCUUCCAGUCCUUCGAUCCCAUCACGAUAAGCGGUUGCCAGAGCAAUGAGAUCUACAACCCGACAGGCCAGAGUUGUGUACAUUAUUCGUGUGAAGCCAUUGACUGCCAGGAACCCUUAAUCCGCAAUGCAGAGCUCAAGUGCAGUAGCCCUGGCCGCCACUUCUACAAUGGAGACCGCUGCACCAUCUACUGCAACUCUGGAUACGUCCUGCAAGUCCACCAGGACGAUGACAUCAUCAAGAGCCAGUCGGACUCUACAGUGACUAUUACAUGUGCAAAUGGGAAGUGGAACAAACAGGUCUCAUGCGAGCCUGUGGACUGUGGUAUGCCAGACAAAUACCAUGUCCAUCCUGCCCAUUUCAAGUUCCCUGAAGGCACCACCUAUGGCAAGAAGAUCACCUUUCAGUGUCGAGAACCUGCCCAGCUUGUAGGUACAAACAACACCCUUACCUGCCUGGAGGACGGCCUCUGGUCCUUCCCAGAGGCUCUUUGUGAGCUCCGCUGCCCAGCCCCCCCUCCUGUACCCAACGCUGUGCUGCAGACCAAGCGCUGCAAUGAGACAGGCCUCAAAGUGGGAUCGCUCUGCAAGUACAAGUGCAAGCCAGGCUACCAUGUCACCAACAAACCUAAGAGGCGUGCGUUUAAGAGGCAGUGCACAGAGGAUGGCAGCUGGCUAGAGGGGGCAUGCGAGCCGGUGACUUGUGAUCCCCCACCUCCCAUCUUCCACGGCUCCUAUCACUGUACUGAUGGUUUCCGCUUUGACAGCGUUUGCAAACUCAACUGCUCUGAUCCAGCCGGUAAUGCUGCUAUCGCCGCCACAGGAGGCUCUGCCCAUACGGUGAGGCUGCUGCACGCUCCAUGCAAGCAGGGCGCUGCGUUCAAUGUGAUCCGCUGUAGGAAGGAUGGAAACUGGACAGGGUCAUUCCGCCUAUGCCCACACAGCAAAGGCCAGUGUACUUUACCUCAAAACCUCCAUCACAGCCUACAGUACUCCUGCAAGCGAGGACACGGCAUAGGUGAGGAGUGUGAGCUGACGUGCAGAGAGAGUAGCGCCGAUGUGGUGAUCCUCCCUAGCAACAUGACGGUAGAGAGUGUACUUAAAGAGCACUGGAGGAACCCGCACAAAGUCAAGAAUAUAGUCUGUACCAUGGGACUCAAAUGGUAUCCACACCCAGAAUUGCUCCACUGCAUCAAAGGAUGUGAGCCAUUCAUGGGAGACAACUACUGUGAUGCGGUCAACAACAGAGCCUUCUGUAACUAUGAUGGAGGAGACUGCUGCCAAUCCACAGUCAAGACCAAGAAGGUGAUUCCAUUCCCCAUGUCCUGUGACAUCCGGGAUGAGUGCUCCUGUCGGGAUCUGAAUGCUAUGGAGAACAGAAAGGAGGAACAUGUGCAUUCUCUGGGGUGACCAACCUGAGUAGGGACCUCAGUUCAGCGUCGUACCCUUGCUGCAACACAACACAGCCUGAGUGGCCGAGGCAGACCCCUCCUUCAUCCUUCUCUCAGCCUCCAAUUUCCUGCACAUGCUGCUUAACAGGCAUACCUCUCCAUCCAUACUGCAACCCUGACCAGCUGAAAUGCCUCCUCCACAUCACAGACCAAGAUCAAGAAUAGAGGAUGGGAAUCAUGAGACUCCACAGAAACUUCAUUUCUCAGCUCAAAGGAAAGUAACCCUGCUAUAUCAUCAUCAUCAUCAUCAUCAUCAAAAAAAAAAAAAAAAACGUAUACAGCAAGGAGAAAAAAAACCUAAACAAAAAUGUAACCAAGCCUAGGUAGCAUGCCUUUUGUUCAGUUUUGUGCUGGCUUCAGUGUCUAUUUUAGUGACCUUGCUUUACAAUCACAUGAUUGAACCAAAGGUAAAUCAAAAUGUGCAAGUGAGGGAUUGUGUUGAUGUUGACUCCCUGUUUUGCAAAUAUGAAGAAAAUCAAAAGACAGAUUUUAAAAAAUAUUCCUCAGACACUUUACAGGCAUGUUCAACACCUUUUCGGAGAGGCUAGAAGUUUGUGCGUAUAUCAUUCCUGGUUUCAAACUGGUCAGUCACUUUGUAUCUAUAUGCCCUUUACAGUAGAGGCUAUAGAGGUUAUUCCUAGCUUGGUGGGGAAUGAGACAGCCAUAUUAUUGAGUUUCAAGCCACAUAUUCAACACAAAAGCCAGAUUAAAAGGCACAAACACACACACAAAAAAUGCCAAUUUACUGUUGCACAACAAUACACAUUAUUUCCUAAGAAUAUUUUAUAUUUAGAGCAAAAUCCUGAAUGCAUAAUUAAAACAUUUUUAGCAUGGCUUCUGCUACUGUGUUUGCUGCUACUUGCCAUCUUCACAUCAUAAUAUCUAAUGGGGUUAGACAGCAUUGUCUGCCUUGCUGCUUACAGUACCUCUUUAAAGCAUUCAUUUACACGUGCAUGUCGGUUCAUGAUACUUUCAUAGAAUACAUGUCGACAACACCACAUGAAAUGCACUAAGAACUUUAAAAAACCCCAGAACCUCACUUGUCAUUUCCUUUUAACCCAAUAGCCCAAGAAAAAAUACAUUGACCACGACUUAAAGAAUGUCAUCGUUAACACCUCACUUCGGGUUGGGUUGAUUUUAGUUUCAAUUUGAACUCCUCCCUCAUGGCGCUUGAUCAGAACUUUGUUACCUCAAGCACCAAAUCAAAAAUGUUCAAACUGAAGAUAAAAUCAUCCCAGCCUGUUUGGAAUGUAUUCAAUGCUUGUCAGAAGUCUUCAGCCUUUUUGAUAACACAGUACUGCACAGUCACACAAGAGGAAGAACUAAAGGGCUGGAAAUAGGUCCUGGCUCUUAGUGAGAAUGAGUAUAGGUGGAAGGAGACCUCAUCUGACAUUCAAACACGUACACACAUAUUUCUCAUUCUCUCCCCUCCCACUAGUGUUGGACUCUCAGCAGUAGUUAUGCAGGCAACAAUGCAAUUCAUGAAAAUGACAUUUGGAUGUAUAUGUCAACACAGCAUUUGCAGUCACAAUAUGAUCAAAGGUCCCUAAGAUUCUCUGCUGGGUCCAGUGUUUAAGUAAUUCAUUUAAACCUUGUUUAUCGCUGCAGUAAAAAGUACAUUCUGUUGUUCUGAUCAGCACUUUUCAGUAUUGUGAACUCAGUCCGUCCCCACCAAUUAACUUCUUUAGAUCAUGUGGCUGCUACAAUAGCCUUGUAUUUUGUUAUUCCUCAUUCCAGACACAUGAAGGCUACACUAGUUUUUUCUCAUGCACAUUUGAUAAUGAAGGCUGCUUGGCAUAUUGGUCCACAUGUUGCUGCUCUUAUUAGGCUGCAACCAUUGUCAGGGUUACAUUCAGCACGAUUGUGACUUUUCAUGUUAUUUAGGCCAAUGGCACAGUCCCUCUGACUCAUAUUAGGCUGCUAUAGCAUUUCAGAUCAUUUUCAUAAAUCAUUGUAGACAACAAAAUGUACAAGUGACAAUGUAAGCCAGAUUUCGUGUAAUUUUCAAACCAAUGUAGUUAAGAACUAAGAAAAUACCACCAAAUGCAGCAAAAGUGUGAAGGUAUUAUUUUCCACCAAAUACAAAGAAAAUAAUCAAAAAAUAUAUUGUGUAAAUAUUACUAUAUGUUCUUGAUUGACAGGAGGGUGGAAAAAUAUAAUUUUU